UAUCAUCGCCGCACGCCAAGUAAUGUUCGGGGUAUAAUUUCGAUCCGCGUGCGAGUCUUUAUCGGGAGCGGAUGCGAAUAAUUAUUUCAAAAUAUUUUCAUCUAUUUCACUUUUAAAAGGGAUAUUUUGUGAAAUCUGUAUUGCUACUAAUGAUCGACCAAACUGGUGGCGAUAUGGCGUGGGAUAGUGACCCCAAGGCUUGGUCCAAACCCAUUAAGCCGCUGGAGGAGAAGUGGAAGUUGGUGCCGGCGUUUUUACAAGUAAAAGGACUGGUGAAGCAGCAUAUCGACUCAUUCAAUCACUUUGUCAAUGUAGAUAUUAAAAAGAUUGUGGAGGCCAAUCAAUCGGUUAUUAGUGAUGCUGAUCCACUUUUCUACCUUAAAUACUUAGACGUACGCGUUGGCACUCCUGACAUUGAAGAUGGCUACAAUAUUACAAAAGCCACUACGCCACAUGAAUGUCGAUUACGCGACACCACUUAUUCGGCUCCCAUUACAGUCGAUAUCGAAUAUACCCGUGGAGCACAGCGUAUUAUACGAAAUAACCUUUUAAUUGGGCGAAUGCCGGUAAUGUUACGUUCUUCUAAUUGUGUUCUAUCUGGAAAAUCUGAGUUUGAAUUGGCUAAGAUGAAUGAAUGUCCUUUGGAUCCGGGCGGUUAUUUCGUUGUACGUGGCCAAGAAAAAGUGAUUCUUAUACAGGAACAAUUGUCGUGGAACAAAAUGAUAACUGAAGAAUUUAAUAGCACUGUACAAUGCCAAGUAACUUCCUCCACCCACGAAAAGAAAUCUAGAACGUUGGUAUUAAGUAAGCACGGAAAGUACUACCUUAAGCACAAUUCCAUGACUGAUGACAUACCCAUAGCUAUCAUAUUUAAGGCCAUGGGUGUAAACUCCGACCAAGAAAUAAUGUCGUUAAUAGGAACUGAUACUGAGACACAAAAUCGUUUCGCUCCUUCGCUCUUGGAGGCUUUUCAACUGAAAGUAUUUACACAGCAGCGCGCGCUUGAAUUUAUGGGUUCUAAGCUUGUGGUCAAGCGUUUCCAAAGCGCAGCUACAAAAACCCCUGCGGAAGAAGCGCGAGAACUACUUACAACCACUAUUCUUGCCCAUGUUCCCGUUGAGAACUUCAACUUCCAAAUUAAGUCGAUUUAUGUUUCGCUGAUGGUUCGACGCGUUAUGGCCGCAGAACUUGAUCCGACUGCUUUUGAUGAUCGCGAUUACUACGGAAAUAAGCGGCUGGAGUUGGCUGGUUCGCUCAUUUCUCUGAUGUUCGAAGAUCUUUUCAAACGCAUGAAUUGGGAAUUGAAAAUGAUUGCAGAUAAGAACAUUCCCAAAGUAAAGGCAGCUCAAUUCGACGUGGUGAAACAUAUGCGCGCAGCCCAAAUAACAGUUGGCUUGGAAUCAGCUAUUUCAUCUGGAAAUUGGACAAUUAAACGUUUCAAAAUGGAACGUGCUGGUGUAACGCAAGUUCUUUCACGAUUGAGCUACAUUUCUGCAUUGGGUAUGAUGACCCGCGUAAAUUCGCAAUUCGAAAAAACGCGAAAAGUUUCUGGUCCACGUUCCUUACAACCUAGCCAGUGGGGCAUGCUUUGUCCCUCUGAUACGCCUGAGGGUGAAGCAUGUGGUCUCGUUAAGAAUUUGGCUUUAAUGACACACAUUACGACGGAAGUGGAUGAAGGACCAGUCAUACGUUUAGCUUUUAAUGCUGGCGUAGAAGAUAUACGAUUGAUUGGUGGCGAUGUAAUUAAUAAUUCUAAAGUUUUCCUGGUAUUUAUAAAUGGUAACAUUCUUGGCCUUACAAUAAGCUAUAAACGGCUCGUGCAUGUCUUUCGUAUGAUGCGCCGCAAAGGCCGACUAGGUCCAUUCGUUUCCAUACAUACUUCUCACACGCAGCGUUGUGUAUACAUACAUACCGAUGGCGGUCGCCUCUGUCGGCCAUACAUUAUAGUCACAAAUGGCAAGCUCGCCGUGGAGCAGCGCCACAUAGAAGAACUUAAGCGGGGAAUACGGAAAUUUGAAGACUUUUUGCAUGACGGCUUGGUAGAAUAUCUCGAUGUAAACGAAGAAAACGACUCAUUUAUAGCCUGGAAUGAGGCUGAUAUCAUGGCGGACACAACCACACACUUGGAAAUAGAACCGUUCACAUUAUUAGGCGUAUGCGCUGGACUUGUGCCUUAUCCACAUCACAAUCAAAGUCCACGUAACACUUAUCAAUGUGCUAUGGGCAAACAAGCUAUGGGAGUUAUAGGCUAUAAUCAGAAAAAUCGAAUCGAUACACUUAUGUAUAAUUUAGUAUAUCCACAGGCACCUAUGGUUAAAUCAAAAACCAUAGAGCUCACAGGAUUUGACAAAUUGCCUGCAGGCCAAAAUGCAACUGUUGCUGUAAUGAGUUACUCUGGUUAUGAUAUUGAAGAUGCGCUUAUUUUAAAUAAAGCCUCUAUCGAUCGCGGCUAUGGACGCUGUUUGAUUUAUAAAAAUUCAAAAUGUACUGUCAAACGGUACGCAAAUCAGACAUAUGAUCGUAUAAUGGGUCCCGUAAAGGAUGCACUCACCAAUAAAGUGAUAUUCAAACACGAUGCGCUAGACACCGACGGAAUCGUGGCACCUGGAGAAAUGGUUAUAAAUAAACAAAUUUUGAUAAACAAGGAAAUGCCUGCAGUGACUUCUAUAAAUCCAAUUGAACAAACUGGACAAAGUUCACAAAUCCCCUACACUGCUGUACCUAUUUCGUACAAAGGUCCUGAACCGAGUUAUAUCGAAAAAGUUAUGGUAUCGGCGAAUGGCGAAGAAGACUUCCUGAUUAAAAUACUUUUACGUCAAACGCGGCGUCCAGAAAUUGGCGACAAGUUUAGUUCUCGUCACGGUCAGAAAGGAGUCACGGGCCUAAUUGUUGAACAAGAAGAUUUACCUUUUAAUGACUAUGGUAUAUGCCCUGAUAUGGUUAUGAACCCACAUGGUUUUCCCAGUCGUAUGACAGUCGGUAAAUCGCUUGAAUUGCUUGGAGGCAAAGCCGGUUUGUUAGAGGGCAAAUUUCAUUAUGGCACCGCAUUUGGUGGGUCGAAAUGCAAGGACAUACAAGAUGAACUAUUCAAACAUGGCUUUAAUUACAUGGGCAAAGACUACUUCUACUCUGGCAUUACGGGUGAAUCACUAGAGGCAUACAUAUACUCUGGCCCUGUUUAUUAUCAAAAGCUGAAGCACAUGGUGCAAGACAAAAUGCAUGCGCGUGCACGUGGUCCAAAAGCCGUGCUAACUCGUCAGCCAACGCAGGGCCGCAGUCGAGAAGGUGGCUUGCGUUUGGGCGAAAUGGAGCGGGAUUGUUUGAUUUCGUAUGGUGCCAGUAUGUUGAUUAUGGAACGUUUGAUGAUUUCGUCUGAUGCUUUUGAUGUGGAUGUCUGUAAGACAUGCGGUCGCUUGGCGUAUUGCUCGUGGUGUCACUACUGUCAGUCUUCAGCUAAUGUAUCGAAAAUUUCGAUGCCUUACGCAUGCAAAUUGCUCUUCCAAGAACUGACCAGCAUGAAUGUGGUGCCAAAAUUGAAGCUACAGAAUUAUUAAUAUUUUCCGUGUCUAGUUUUUUGUUUUUCUUUUUUUGUAUUAAAAUAUUUUAUUAUAAGAGAAUGUAUUGCGUUUAGAAUGAUUAAAAUAAAUUAAAAGAAAAUGGAUUCUAAUAAAAAUUUAGAAUAUAAUUUACAGCUACAGAGAUUGAUUAGAUCAGGGAUGGGCAGAUUUUUGGCUCUUAAAGCAGUCAAAGAGCCAGCAAGUGCUACGCAAGAGGUAAAGCAGUUCUCAGGGUGAA